GGCGGGGCGGGCGGCCAUGGCGGCUGGCGGGGUUUGGCGGUGGAUGGCGGUCGCCUCCUUUCUCCUCAGCGUGUUGCAGCUGUCUGGCGCCUCCUCAGCCGCCGCCCUGCCCGUAGUCAUCAACACCUGGGCGUUUAGGACGGCCGCGGAGACAGCUUGGAGAGUAUUACAGUCGGGAGGUUCUGAGCUGGAUGCGGUUGAGAGAGGCUGUGGUCGGUGUGAGAUUGAUCAAUGUGAUGGGAGUGUGGGAUAUGGAGGAAGCCCAGAUGAAAGUGGAGAAACAACACUGGAUGCCAUGAUUAUGGAUGGCAACACUAUGGAAGUUGGUGCAGUUGCGGAUCUCAGACAUGUGAAAAAUGCAAUUGGUGUAGCUCGAAAGGUCAUUGAAUACACUAAGCAUACAUUAUUAGUGGGAGAGUCAGCCUCCCUGUUUGCUGUAAGAAUGGGAUUUCCCUAUGAAGAUUUAACUACCCAAAAAUCCCUCUUGAUGUAUUCAAAGUGGCUAAAUCAAAGCUGCCAGCCAAACUACUGGAAGAAUGUGGUUCCAGACUCUUCAAAAUCGUGUGGACCAUACAAACGGCCUGAAAAAGUAACUUGUAAAGAAGAACAGACCAUCUCACAAAGAAGUGUUCAUAAUCAUGAUACUAUUGGUAUGGUUGUAAUUGGUGCAACUGGAACUGUUGUUUCCGGGACAUCUACUAAUGGUGCAGUCCACAAAAUUCCAGGCCGUGUAGGAGAUUCUCCGAUAGCUGGAGCAGGAUCCUAUGCGGAUAGUACAGCUGGAGGAGCUGCAGCUACUGGGGAUGGUGACAUCAUGAUGCGCUUCUUACCGAGUUACCAAGCUGUGGAGUAUAUGAGGAUGGGAACAGACCCAACUGUAGCCUGUCAGAAAGUUAUUUCCAGAAUCCAGAAGUAUGCUCCGAAGUUCUUUGGUGCCAUUGUAUGUGCCAAUACAACUGGAAGUUAUGGUGCUGCUUGUAAUAAAAUUCCAGGAUUCACUCAGUUUCACUUCAUGGUUUCUAGCCCUUUGCUACAUCAGCCAACUGAGCAAGUAGUAGAUUGCAUUUAAUUUCUUUCGUCCUAUUAACAUCUAGACUUAGAGGAAGGUGCUAAGGUUCCUCAGGUGUUUACUUUUUUAAAUGGAUUUUCAUAUUCACUGUUGCAUAAUCAUGUGAACAAGUACAAAGGUAUGUUGUUGGUGCAUCUACUACUUCACUGUUUUUAGUAUCUUCUACUUUAUUGUGGCUUUGUGUAGUGCAACUAAGUUUUAUCUGUAGUUUCCUAGUAAUUAUCUUGGUAACUUAUUUCUAAAUGAUUGUAGACUGGUACUAUAAUCUAGAGAGAGGUUUAAAAAGCUGACUCUAUGUAGUUUGAGGGAAGUGAACAUGAUUGCAAAGUUAGAGCUGACAGUUAGUAUAGGCAGUUAAUCUGUGCUUAAAAAUGUACAUUUCAGUGAAAUAUCCGAAACUCAUGCGCUUCACUUCUGAGGUCUCUUAAGUCAUGAGUUUAGUAGGCAUUACCUUACAUCCCAACUCAAUUUUUAAACUUCUUGCAAACCUGAAAAUCAAAUUGUGGUUCUAAAUACCACAAGAAGUUAUGAGUUUUGUAUUUACUUCCAAAUAAUGCCAAGUUUCACCUGCUUUUGGGGGAAAGUAGAGCCUUGGUCACUGGAGAAAAGCUUUCAAAGAAAGCACAGAAAAUGAAUAGGUGGCCUACACAUGCAAAGAGACCAAGCAUAUAAUGACUCUUGUAGUCUGUCUCUUUUCAUUAGAACUGAGUAACCAAAAGUGAUGAAUCAUAAACAUUAAAUUGCACCUUUGCUUUUCCAUUUAAAAACGUGUUUCACAGAAAUCUGGAAUAAGGGGAAGGGAAUGGGAGGGGCACUGCCUCUACACUUGAGACUUAUUUUGAGAAUAUUUUAUUGUCUUUUUCUAAGAUUCAGUCCAGGUUUUCUUUUCUCUUGAAAACUGCAUGCAAAUGCUGACAACUGAGGAAAGGGAGUUGAGGAGUAGGGAAAGAUUUCAAAGCUUUAUUUAAGCGAUAAGGAGCAUCUCCUUUUUAUCUUGUUUCACAACAGCUGAGAAUACAAGCCUUCAGAGUUUUGCACUGACUCUAACUUGAUGGGAAGACAGGUGGAAAUCAUCCUGUCACCUUUUUUAUUGUAUUGAAAGUUAAGUUACGAAUCUUAAUCACAGUGAAUUCCUUGUCACUAAUAUGCUGUACGCUUGCCCUCUUCUGUAGCAGAGCAGUUGCAUGCCUGCAGGGUGACAGAUAAGUGCAACAGGUGAAGAUGGGUUUGUCACUUUCCGUGUCUAGAGAUACCAAUUUAUUUGUAACAACUUAAACAUUUCAAGGAUCCUUCCAAAGGUAUUUGAAGAUAUGAUCAUUUUCUUAACUUGGUGGCUAGCUGAUCAUUUGAUUGAAACUUUGCUAAACUUAACUAGGAAAAACUAAGAGGAGGGAGCAAGUAAAAUGAACAUGCCUUGUCAUAAACACUUUACUUAUACUUUGUUUACUAGAAUAAAAUCAUUCAGUAAUAAAAGCAGAUGUUAAUGUAUCAUCUAUAAGUAACGUUGUUUAGGUGCUUGUCUGCUGUGCCUUAGAAUGACUGUUGCGUUAUAUUCAGAGUUGGUAUCUUUAAAAGCUGGACACAAAAUGUUCAAACUAGAAUAGUCGAGUUUAAGGGCCUGCUGUUGAACUUCAUCAAUAGAGUAAUUUAUUUGGAGGAUUCACUUCUGUUACAGGAUCUUUAGAACAUCUCAUAGCACUGAGUUCACUGUAGGCCCCAACAGGCUUUAGUCAAAGGAGCUCUUACUGGAUGUAUCUGUAGUGGUUUCAGAUAAGUUGUCUGUCUGUUACCUGACUCUGCCUUCAGCCCUUCUACCGUGGCAGUAGUGCAGGUAGAUUGCUAUUUUGAAGAUAGCAUUGUGGAUUGUAAACGCAGAAGGUUCAGUACUGGCAGCUGAGUUAUAUCUCAAACUGCUGCAGCUGAAUCUACCACGAUUCAUUUUUGAGAGAGGUUGGGAACAUCCAUGGCUUACUUUCUAGUGUCCUUGUGCCACUUUGUGCUAGCUAGUGUGUACCACUAGAGUUUUCAGUGCCCGUGCUGAAAGAUGAGUGCUCUGUAACAGUGUGCUCUGACAAUUCUUAACUUAUUGCGUAGUCAGCUCAUCUACAUGAGAACAAAAUUAUUCGUAUCCGUGAGACAUACAUACUAAUACAUUUGGCUUAAUAAUGUAAGUUGCUUUAUCAUGCUGAAUUAAUUAUCAUAAAUGAAAGGGUUACUUUGAGUAAAUUAUUUUAAUAUACUGUUACUUUGGCAGUAUAAUAAAUUAUAAUUUUUAUAAAUUACGAUUUUGAAUAAAAAAAGAAUGUGCUUACUAUUUUGUGUUAAAAAUAUUUCUUUAAAGGUUGUUACUAGUGCUAUUCUCUUGUGCUUAGUGGAUAAAUUAAUUUCUUUAAGAAAGCUUUUUACAAAUGCAAAACUUUGCUAAAAGUAAGCAAAAGCUCUGACAGUUUCUGCUAGAGUUGCAAAAAAAAAAAAAAAUUACUGUUUAACAAAAUUCCUUGAAAUUAUAUUUUUAAAUUUUUACUCUCCAACUUCUACUACAAAAAGUAAAAAUGAGUAUUUGCAAGUUAGUGGUACAGUUGAAUGCACCCUGUCUGUAAAGUUGUGGGGCUUUUUUAAACCCAACUGUGUUCAUUAGCUUCUAGCUAGUCUACUUUAUUUCUGUUUCUAAAACUUCUUACCAAAUCAUUACUUCAUCUAAUGUAGACAGAAAAAGAAUCUUAGUUCAGUGGUCUGACUAAUAAUGCCAAUUAUGCUCUGGCUUUGCAUGUCACUGAUUUAUUAUUUAAUAAACGCAAUCUAUGUGAACCCUGACAAUGCUUUUGUGUGCACUUACUGAAGAAACUUCCCUGUCAUUUUGCUGUUUAUAGGUUACCAAUGAAAUAUGUUCUUUCACCUGAAACUGCCUAAGUAAGGAAUAAUUCGGAUUUUCAGAGAAUUCAAGGUUCGUCUUUCAGGUAGAAUCUACAAGUAAUAUAAACUAGAGUAAAUCUGUUAUCUCUUUGCAGGGUAAAAAUAACAGUGGUGCUGAUUGCUUUUUAACUUAGAAAUUCUAUUAGCAUUCAUUGUUUGGGUUUAGUUAUCACAUGAGUGUUGUAACGCAUUAACAACUUUGUUUUGAAACAGAGUAUGUGUGGGAUUUCAGUGUUAUAAUCUGUGGUUUGUGUAUGCGAGGAACCAUUAGUGAUAACUGUGAAACUUUACUCUAGCUCUAAUAUACAACUAGUAUGUUAUACGUUAACCACUGAACUACGGAUGUUAUCUCCAGGGGGUCUGUAUGUUCCUCCACAUAAGUUCCAUUAAAUUUACAGCAAAAGAACUUUACUGAAAUGUCCAUGAACGGGUGUGGCAGAAUCCCAGGAUUUUGUGACUAGUUUUGUUGUUACUGUUAAAGCUUUUGAGUUGGGCAGCAAACGUUUUUAGAUGUUUGUGCAUUUAACAAUAUUAGCUGUGUUUUCAUUCUCCUCUAUUUUUCCCCCUGACAGUUGUAAUCAGCGUAGGUAAAUGCACUUCCUGGUGCAAAGCUGUCUUGGUGCAAUCAGCUGAUAUUUACAGUGACAGGUUGAUGGUCUGUGAAACAAAAGAAACAGCAACCUCAAAGUGUGAUUUUUCUUUUUUCCUAAUAGAACAGGGGAAAAUCUUUAAGAAAAAGUUUUGAUUAUACUUUUCUCAGGUAGAGCUUUACAAAAACAAUUGUAUUAUAAAUACUGAUAUUUUAUUGGUUAGAAGUGGUGAUUUCAGAGCUCUGCAUGGAGAAAAACGUAAUAUGUUAGAUGAAAAGGAAUUUUCUUCUUUUCACCUUUUGCAUACUUUCCAGGCUGAACCUGAUAUACAUUGCAGUUGUGAUUCUGUUUGUCACUAAGUUAUUAUUGUGAUUGUUCAUGUUGCAUAAAGUACAAAAGCGGUGAGCUCUGCUACUUGAAUGUAGUUAUGUAGUUGGGUUGCAUUUUAUAUUUCUACUUUCUUAGCAUUUGUGAUUUAAAGAUCUUAAGAAAUAAGAAAUCUGGUUUAGCAAGAAAUCCAGUGGCUUGGUUUAUUUGAAUGUUCUUAUGUACAGAUGGAAAAAACCUGAACCUGUUACUUUUCCAAGACAAGUAUAUGGAGAUUUUUACACAAGCAAAUCCUCCUAGCAGGAGAAAGGCUUUUUGUGGAAGUGUCUACUUGAAUCUUAGCUUCUGACUGCAUUUGCAGACUGUGAAUACAGUCUUUGUAGAAUGUCAAGGUAGUAACUAAACAAGAAAAAUGCACUGUGCUACUCUUGACUUUGACACUUCAAUUUUUCUGGUUUUGUGGUUAAAAGUUCAAAACGUUAAGAUUUCUUCUCUGUUGAAAGUUUAGUAACUUGAAUUCACAAUUUUAUAUGGUUUCAGUUACAGACGAGCUUUUUGUCAAACAGAUUUUUGUAGAUGUUUUCCUGCUGAUUAAUUUCUUGUAAAAUAAAUGAAGUUAUGUAUUUACAUGUAGAUAUUUACAUGUUACAGUAAUAUUUCAUAAUAUUAAAUAACCAUAAUAUUGGAUCAGUUUGUAAUUGCAAAACUGAAAUGGGAAAUAUAAGCUAAGUAAUUCCUCUCGCAUCGACUUUUAGGAUCUGAAUGUUUUAUUAUUUGAAAGUCUGAAGAAUGUUUGCCAUCGUGUUAAAUUCCACAAGCUAUGUUACCACAUUCGUUUUACUCUUAGCCUUCACUUAAAUUGCUGUAUAGGUUCUCUUUUGUUGCACAGGACCUUGACAGAUUAGAUUCGCUUCAGAUAUGCAGGAUAAACAAGGCUUUUAGGCAAGAUGUUUUCUCUUGUCACUCAAAUUCUUCAACACUCCUUCCUGUUCUUGGCUUCUGUAAUAGAUACAUUGCUCAUACUUGUUACAAACUACAGCAAUUUUAAAAGUACUUUCUGUGUCUAAAGCCUUCUUCCAUAUAUAGGCAUGCUCCUUUUCCUACCUCCCAUCUCUGAAAUCAGAAUAAUACUGCUGAUUUUUCUUCCUGGUCUGUUGUCAUGAAUGGUACUUUAUACUUUCUUCAAAUGUGUAGUUUGAUUUAUAAAUGUUUUCUCCAUAUUAAGUUGUUUUCUUGUUGCUAUCUGCAGACUUGUGUCACUGUAACAGCUUUCAUGGCACAUUUUGACUGCACCCAUCUAGGUUCAACUGUUAGUUAAUUCUCUUUCUGAAGCUUAUUUUGUGUGUGAUGUAGGUUAUCUUGUAUCGGUUGGUGCAAAAAAUAAUUGCCACUUUAGAUUAUGAACUUGAAAGGAAAUAAGAACCAUUGGAAUCUAUGGAUUUUUGCCAACAAGAAACAAGUCUGCUUAUUGCAGUAGCAUAGAAUUCCAGAGUCCUGGAUUAUUGAAGGCAGCUUGAGCAGCUGUUGCUUGGUUGUGGAAAACCUUCUUUUGCAGGAAAUUGUCAAGAUGCUUCAAAAUGUUGUAAUCGGUGGGAGAGAGAUCUGGUGAGUAAGCUGGGUCAGGUAGAGUUUUGUAGCCCAGUUUGGGUUCUGCAGAGUCACUUGUCAGACAUGUGGCUGGGUGUUGUCGUGGAGAACAACUGGUCCUUCUCGAUUGACUGGUGUUGGAUAUAAACAUUGCAGUUCUUGGUGCAUUUUGUUUGUUUCCUGGCAAAAGUUCUCUGCUGUGAUGGUUUUGUGAUUCAAGAAGUCAUAGGAGGUGAUUCCACUUGCUGACCAGCAAACAGUGACCAUUACUUUCUUUUGAUGCACCUUUGGUUUGGGGAAGUAUUUUCUGCUUCACCUCUGUCCAGCCAUUGUAUAGAACACCAUCAGCUGUCGUAUAAAAUCCGUUUUUCAUUGCAUGUCACAAUGCCAUCAGAAAUAGAUUGUUUUUUGCCCCACAAAAGAAGUGCAGAGCAGCUUUUGUAACAGUGAUUUAUUUAUUUAUUUAUUUUUGUUUAGCUUAUGCGGCACCCAUUUUGAGCUUUUUUGAUUUUUGCAGUUUGGUGCAAAUGUCAAAAAACUGUUGAAUGGUCAGCCCUUAGUUUUGCAGCCUCUUGAGUUGUUCUGUGUGAAUCCACUUGUUUCUGUUAUGAAAUUUUUGGAACAACGUAAAGCUGUUUGUUGUUUAAUGGUUCCCUGGCCAAAUGUUUUGUCUAUAUUGCUAGGAAUUUCCACUGCUUUACAUCCUCUUUUGUACUACAGCAAAACCACUCAAAUUUGUUUUUUUCCCCAUCUUUAAUUUGACAGUGUAAUAACAAAAAAAAAAAAAAAGUGAAAACAGAACUAUUAUUAUAAAUAAGAAGAGCAAAUUUCAUUCUUUAAAAUGGUAUACUACAAGAAACAGUUAAAUGAAAGUUUAAACCAAAAUAAGCAUCACAGUUUACAACAACAAAAAAGACAAUUAUUUUUGCACCAACUUAAUAUUGUUUUGCCCUUGGCAGGGAGAAUGCGACUUCUGGAUGUUAAGGCUUGCUAAAGGUGGUAUAAUUCCUCAACUAGUUACUCAUUUUUCUUCCUGUUGAAGGAAUUAUUCAAACUGAGAAGCAGUAUCACAGUAGAUUCCGGUAUUGCAAUGCUACAGAUUUAGGAUUAUACUUUGGUAGGUCAUGAAUGUGUGUUUUUACAAGUAGAUGCUUGAUGGUAAAUGUGGUUUUAUAUUAAAUACAAUGUGACAGACAAUUUGAAAGUAAUAAUGGUUGUGCUUCUAGCUUGAUGGUGCUCCUGGAUAGUCAUUGUUACAAGAAAAAUUUCAAGGCAAAUUAUCAUAGAUCAUCUGUGAGGAUGGAGGUUAGGUUGACAGGCUAAUACAUAGAGAAGUACAGAAGAACAAAAUUUCCCCAGAACGAAAAUUUUUAUCUGCAGCCCUUUUACUGAGCAUUUAGCAGCAACACAGGACAGACAGUUUCUUGUCAGGUGCAUAAUCAAGACUUUAGAUGAGAGUUUUAGAUUAGAGCAGCCUGAUCUAGUGGGAGGUGUCGCUGCCCAUGGCAGGGGGAUUGGAAUUAGAUGAUCUUUAAGGGCCCUUCCAACUCAAACCAGUUCUAGCUAGGUGAGAUUUUUUUUUUCCUGAAGGAUUUAUGGUAAUAGUUGAAGUAAAGCAUUAUAGAUUUAAAGGUUGAAUGUAUAAAAUAUUAUAAAGGUUGAAUGUAUAAAAUAUUAUAAACAGGUCUAAUUCAUAUGCAGCCAAGUGUGCUUUGCUAAUUUGGUUGUUACCAAAGACUAAUUUGUGUGUUAUAAAGUGGAAAAUAAAUUAUAUGGAAGUAGCUGCAGCGUUAAAAACUCUAACUAUUUAAAUUCAGUCUUGACUCAUUCUUAUGAAUCUAUCAACGUGAAAAGUCCUGUGAUUUUAGUACUCAGCGAGAGGUGUGACAGUUUUUUUACUGCUUAGUCAAAGUGCUAGCCCCGCAAAACGGGUUUUAGGAGCUAGCAUUACUUUGCCGCAUAGGCUUAGGGAUGUUAACAGCCUUUAACUGAUUUCUGCAGUGCUACUUUUCCCUGCUCACUCUUAUGUCUUUGCUGGAGGUUGCUCUUCCUGUUCCAGUACCGGCAGACUAGAGUGUAGGCAUUCACCCUAACAGCUUCCAGCCAGAUCAAACAGUUUAACCUCUCUGACCUCUGCCUGCACUUUGCACUUGAGAAUAGCAAAUGUCUGCACCCCAUUCCACUGGCUCGACUGUGGGCUUCAUAACUUCUAAUCAAAGAGCUGUAACAAACGCUUCCAGGGCAAUUUGACUGCAGCUCUUUGCUGGGGAGGUAUGCAUCAGAGCCCUCGGGUAUGUAUAUACUAUCCUUAUUCCUGUGAAUUGAGCUCCUAAGCUUGUAGUUACAGAAGUGGAGGUAAAAAUCCAUGAAAAGCAACUGAACAGAGGACAGUUAGCUAAUUGUGAAGUGCUGUAGACUAGGUUAUAUUUUAAUAUUCCGUCUCUGGAGUAUGAGUUCAGCUGGAUAAAGAUUCUGCUGUUCUAAGAGACUAAUUCUGCAAUGAAAAUUGUAUGCAUUAAAUCAAUUGUUUCCGGCUGUGCAGCUGCAAGAAGGAAGCGAGGCAGUGUCUUUCUGUGCCAACUUCCUUAUCUCGCAAGACUGGGCUUGCAUGCCAAGAGACGUCAUACUGCAGUCCUGCCAGUAGAGGAAGCAAGGGCACAAUGAUCAGCAGAGACCUGUCUCACCAAGGACCCCAGACCCGUUUCUAGAACCUCCAGAAGGGGCACUGCACAAGUGGACUAAAAAAAAAAAAACAAACCCUCCCCUCAAGGAUCCUAAUCUGUGAAAAACACUCUGGAGAUGUUGCCAGAGUGUGCAUCUGCCAUUCUUGGAACCUGGCAACGAUAGUGGUGAUACUUCACUAUUUUAUCUUUCUCCCCUUCUGUUUUACCAUACGGCCCCCACCCCAUUGCCAGCUGCUAAUACCAGCACAAGGUGGACUGCAGGAAUAUGCAAUAGGGUACUGAGGAACAUGGGAAAUUAUCCAGCUGGUGAUAGCGCAUACUUAGAUCGGCCAAAGCAGGCUCUUAAAAAAUUUCUUGGAGAUUAACCCUCAGGCUAGAUGUCCAUCCUUCUGUUUCUCCUCAGUAAAAUUCAGUAAGAGACAUGAGAAAUCAGGGUUUGAAUCCAGGAGUCCCAUUACUUCAAGAAACAUUCUCAUCAACAGGCUAGUGUCAUGUUCCCCAUCUUUUCUGUUGUGUAAAUAAUUGUUUACGAUAGGUUUCCCAGAAAGUCUCCAUACAAUUUAUUUUUUUUUUUAUUGCCAUCUCUUUGUUAAAAUGGGAAUUUUCAUUUCUUCUGGCUGAGGAAGCUUUACAACUGAAAUCUCAUACUUCAAAGCAACUGCUGUUUUACCACAGUGCUUUAUGAAAAUGUGAGCACCAUGAAUUCUGUCUCCUUGACUGGCUAUUUAAUUGGAAGUUACUAUGAGAUGUACUUUGUGUUAAUGCCACAGUGUUUUGGACAGACUACUACAUGGGGCUUUCAAGGCUUUUUGUCACAAGGAUGUCUGGUUACUGAAUGACAAAGCUUUAGACAAGGGGUAAGUGCCAAUAUGCUCAGCGAAGCCAGGAUAACCUCUCCAAUCACAUUCAUGAAUAGAGAUAUAACCCUGUAACUUAAUUUGAAAAAUCAAGUCUCUUUCAGAAUUGAGAAUAGAAGUUUGAUCUUGCAUAAAGUUGCAUAAAAAUCAUUUAGUGCCACACUAUGACAAAUGUAACUGCUAAUGCCAGAUAAAUAUUCCAUCUGUGAUUUAUAAUCGUCAUUUAUGUACCUUUGGUCAGUCUUGGCUAUUCAUAGUGUGUCAAUCAAUGUCCUACUUAACCAUAUACUUUGCUAUAGAAGUCCUGCCUUUUAGCCCUGAUUUUUCCAGGCUUAGCAUUUGGGAAGAACUUCAAAUGCAUACUAGCAAUUGAGGCAAUCUGGUCGUAUUAUAGACCAUCCUGUAUAAGUGCCUCUAAAGCAUUUCUCACAGUGAAUAACAAAAUUACUGAACAAUACAGAACUACUGAAGCCUUUAGUCUCAGUAUGCAAAGAUUUGAGUGCUCCUUCUUUAGAAAGGGAGAAGUUGCCCUUUUUUGCUUAAAUCCAAAAGGAACUUAACCAGGGUCCAACGUUUUAAGCCUCAUAGGUACCUCAGUACUUUGUCUCAAGUGCUGCUUUCUAACUUUGUAGGUAUCCCAAAAUCUAUAGAUGUUUCUGUUAGUGGGGAGGCAUACAGCCAGUAACUCUUAAUACUAGGAAACUAGUAAGCCCUCAAGCUGUAGUCAUUCUCUUAUUCUUCCAAGCCUAGGGUCUGAUCUGAUGAGGAUGUUGAUGCACUGAGUGCUGCUUCGCACGUAACGGUAAGAAACAUGAGGUGGUGAGGAAGAUAACGCAUGAAGUUCUGCUCCUCUAGAAGAUCGAAGUAAGAUUCCAUGAGGAUAUACAGCCUGACACGUCUGUUCUUCUGCCGGUAUUGGUUAGGUAGUACACAGUACCAAGCAUCUGGUAAGCAUUCCAUGAAUACCAGCAGAGCUUAGAAAACUGGCGAAGUUCCUGAGCAAUUCACUAACAAGAACUUAAAGGCAACUUUCUGAGUUGAUGCAGUUGUGCUCUUCUAGCACUGAUCAGCUGAUAUGUAUGGUUCUUGACUCACACAUGAGCAGACUUGCAGCCAGUUGGUGACUGAGCCUGCAUAGGAGUGGAAGCAGCGAGCUGCAGAGCUGCAGAUUCUGUUUUCUGCCCAGUGUCAUUCUUGUUCCUAGGAAAUAAUUCCUCCCUUGGUUACAAGUUUUUCAUCAGUAAUCUCUUCAAUCAAGCAGCUGAGCAAUUUGUAAGUACAGAUUGAAUAUAAUAGCCUAAGCAGUCAUUAAAAGAUUCAUCUCAAUCAACAGAGCUUGCUAACUGAUCGUCACCGGAAACAUU